AUGCGCAUUCACUUUUGGGGCCUGCUGUCGGUGGCGACGCUCGCUGCAGCAGGAAAUCGCCUCCCACCCCGCAACUACACGACCCAUGACUACUAUGCCAUCCACAUCUCCCCGUCCGAGUCCCCCUCAGAAGUCGCCGCCCACCUGGGCUUGACCUACGACGGCCCCUUCGACUCGCUCGACCACCACCACAUUUUUAAAGCCCCGAAACAUGACAACGACAUUGUAGACGAUGCACGGCAAGAGCUCAAGAGGCGUCGGCGGAAGCGUCAAGUCGGCUCCGAGUACCACCCCCUUGACAGUAUCCGCUUCGCGCAGAAGCAAAAGCUCAAGCCCCGUCACUGGAAGCGCAGUGUAAUACCUCCACUGCCAGAUCGAGCCGUCCCGGUCACGGAAGCCAUCACAGCUCAGCGCAAGGUCGCAGAGCAGCUACAAAUCAAAGAUCCCAUUUUCGAGGAGCAGUGGCACAUUUUCAACGUCAAGGCGCAGGGCAACGAUAUCAACGUCACCGGUGUGUGGCUGCAGGGCAUCACUGGCAAAGGCGUCACUGCAUGCGUUGUGGACGAUGGUCUGGAUUACACCAGCAACGACUUGAAGGACAACUUUUUCGCCGAGGGCUCUCACGACUAUAAUGAUCACGAAGACCUACCCACUCCAAAGCUUUCUGACGACCGCCACGGAACACGAUGUGCUGGAGAAAUUGCUGCGGGAAAGAACGAUGCCUGUGGACUUGGACUCGCCUACGAAGCCAAGGUUUCUGGCGUGCGCAUCCUCUCGGGCGACAUUACAGACGUUGACGAAGCUCUUGCUAUAAACUUUGAGAUGCAGAAAAAUGACAUUUACUCGUGCUCAUGGGGUCCCCCUGAUGAUGGCAAAACUAUGCAGGCACCAGGAAUUCUUAUUGAGAAGGCUAUGGUGAACGCUGUCCAAAACGGCCGUGGCGGCAAGGGCAAUAUUUACGUCUUUGCGGCCGGCAACGGCGCUGCCAGCGGCGACAACUGCAAUUUCGACGGUUACACCAAUAGCAUCUACAGCAUCACUGUCGGCGCCAUUGAUCAGAACAACGACCACCCAUACUACUCUGAGGCAUGUUCUGCCCAGCUUGUUGUAACGUACAGCAGCGGUGGCGGCGAUGCCAUUCACACCACCGACGUGGGCUUGAACAAGUGCACCAGCUCACACGGAGGCACAUCUGCUGCUGGACCAAUUGGUGUGGGAGUGUACGCCCUGGUGCUCCAAGCUCGCCCUGAAUUGACAUGGCGCGAUGUCCAAUGGCUCACAGUCAUGACCGCUGUCACUCUCACUACCCCUGGCGACUGGGUCAAGACGCCUUCUGGCCGCAUGUAUAGCCACCAAUUUGGUUAUGGAAAGCUCGACGCUUACGCAAUUGUUGAAAAGGCCAAGACCUGGGAGCUCGUCAAGCCUCAAGCCUGGUUCUACUCGCCCUGGAUGCAUGUCCGAAAGCCAAUUCCAGAGGGCGAUAAGGGUCUAGCUAGUGCAUUCGAAGUCACACCAGACAUGCUCAAGAACGCAAACUUUGAGCGUGUGGAGCACAUUACCUUGACCAUGAACGUAGAGCACCAGCGUCGUGGAGACCUCAGUGUUGAGCUGCGAUCGCCUGCUGGCAUGGUCUCGCAUCUCUCAACUGCUCGCCGCUCGGAUGAUGCGCCCUAUGGUUACAUUGACUGGACCUUUAUGUCAGUCGCCCAUUGGGGCGAAAGCGCCAUUGGCAACUGGACCGUUAUUAUCAAAGAUGUAAAGGCAGGCAACGGCAAGACUGGCGUUUUCACCGACUGGAAACUCCGUCUCUGGGGCGAAUGCAUUGACGCAUCCAAAGCCAAGCCCCAUCCAAUGCCCGACGAGCACGAGGACGAUGACCACGACAAGAUUGACGAUCAUCCCGCGCACGUCACCAGCGUCGCUGUCCCCUCUAGUGCUGAGCCAACCAUCACCUCCCUCCCUGCUGACCAUCCUGACCGCCCCGUCAACCAGAAACCCACCCCAACGUCGGCUGACAGUAGUUCCCAGACUUCUGUUGCCACUGCGCCCACCGCAACCGCAACGGAGUCUACCGCCGAAGGUAGCGAAAACUUCCUCCCCAGCCCCUUCCCAACCUUUGGCGUCUCCAAACACACCCAAAUCUGGAUCUAUGGUGCCCUCGGCCUCAUCCUCGUCUUCAUCGCAGGUCUUUGCACCUACCUCUUCAUUGCCCGUCGCAAGCGCAUCAAGGAUUCGCGCGACGCGUACGAAUUCGAGGUUCUGGACGGCGACGAGGACAGGGACGAUGCAGGCUUGCUUUCUGGUGCUGGAGCCGGUGCGAGGAAGAAGCGUGCGAAGAGGGGUGGUGAGCUUUACGAUGCUUUUGCGGGCGAGUCCGAUGAGGAUCUCCUGAGUGAUGAUGAUGAUGGCAACGAGGGCCCGUAUAGGGAUCAGGAACGUUUCAACGAGAAAUAUGCGCGUGAUGAGGAAAGUGAGGAGGAAGAGGGAAGCGGAAGUGGAGGGAGCUCCGUAGGGAGGAAGUAG